AUGGCGCCCAGUACUUACAGCUCCGACGAGAAGGUCUUGUGCUUCCACCAUGAGAUCCUCUAUGAGGCCAAGGUUCUCGAGGUCCGCCACAAGGACCCCCAGGACAAGAAGAGCCCCUAUGAGUACCGAGUCCACUACAAGGGCUGGAAGAACACCUGGGAUGACUGGGUUCGCGAGGAUCGUCUGCGCAAGUGGACCGAUGAGAACCGUGAGCUUGCGACCAACAUUCGUCGUGAGGCUGAGGCAUCUCUUCGUGCCAAAAAUUCGAAGCAGCCCGCAAAGAAACGAGCCACGUCGGACCGUAGCUCUGUUCGUGAUAGCGAGGAGCGUGGCAACUCGGUUCCUGGCCGAGGCAACAAGCGUGCGCGCGAAACUGAUAUUGAAAGGAAAGUGACCCUUGGCGGCAUGUAUUUGUCAAUGUUCCCCGACCCGGAUGACUUGGAUACGAGCGACAUGAACUUAGAACUUGAACUUAACAUUCUUAACGAUCCUGACGAUGCUGAACAGGAGGAUCAUUUCCAUGCGCGCCCCUCGAUCCGCAUCGUCAUGCCGGACAACCUGAAGUCCCUGCUCGUCGACGACUGGGAGCGUGUCACUAAGAACGGCACUAUCGUCAAGCUUCCUGCCCCCAAGCCCGUCCGAGACAUUCUCGAUGACUGGCGCGAGGAAGAGCGCCCCAAGCGCAACCGUAUCGACAAUGAUGUCCUUGACGAGGUCGUGGCCGGCUUGGCCGAGUACUUCGAGAAGGUUUUGGACAAGAUCCUUCUCUACCGCUACGAACGACACCAGUAUCGUCUCCUCCGCAAGAAGUACAGUGGCAGCAACCGCUCCAGCCCCGUUGCAAUCUACGGCGCCGAGCACAUGAUCCGUCUUAUCAGCCUUCUUCCGGAGCUGCUCGCUCAGACUACCAUGGACUACAGAUCCACCGGCCGCUCUCACGAGGAGAUCUCCAAGUUCUCCAUUUGGCUCAGCCGCAACUCGGACAAAUACUUCCGCACUGAGUAUGUCGACUCCAACGAGCUCACUGAGGAGGAUGUUUAA